AUGCUGGUGGGGCUUGAUGCCAAUGCGGUGUCCCCUCUAUGGCACAGCAAAUGGGAAGCAUGGAGGGAGGAUGAAAGGGUCGUUCGUGGAAGGGUACUGGAGGAGGUUAUUUUGAGGGAGGGGAUUGUUGUCCUAAAUUCUCCCAGUGAUGAAUACACUUACUUCGGUCUAGGGGGACAGAGUGAUAUUGACGUCACGCUGUGUACCGAUAGGACUCCAAUUUAUUUGAUCGUUCGAUACCCGAGAUUGAAGGUUGUCGACAUGGAAAACAACAGGAACACCGGAAACGUCGGAGCCCCACCGCAAGAAAUGCCGACGUGGUUCGUUCGUUGGUUAAACUCCCAACAACCAAGGAAUGCGCCAAACUUUGCGGCGCCAUCGACGUCGACAGCGGUUCAAAGACCGCUAGUCAUCCUUCAGGUACGGCCAAGUACCAGCGCCGCCGCUGAUGCCGAUGGCUGGCAAGUCACUCCACUGCCUAGCGACGGGACGACUUCGCCAGAACCCGACCCGGAAAUUCCGGUAGCUCCAGAACCAGCCCCUCUUGCGAGCCCUCUUGUGCAAGAGCCGGGAAGUUCGACCACAUCAGCGACUUCGGGAGCAGUGAUGGCCUCACCACCUAUGCCAAUCACAACAGACAAUGUGGCCGCGAUUUCCGGAGUACUCCGGAGCUUGCUGGAUCGCCCAUUUCCAGCUCCUGAACGACCAUCUUUCGAAGGCCUGAAAAGGCAAAAUCCGGUGAAAUUCUUACGAGCCAUUGAAGAAUAUGGACGCUCUUUCGGGCUCGACUCGAAGCGUCUUUUGGGAGUAGCCAUGGAUUGCUUGAAAGGCAAUGCCAAACAUUGGACGGGAAUAUUCCAGAAGAAGUGGCGUGGUUACGAGGACUUUCGACGGGACUUUCUCCGGACCUACUGGUCGGCCAAGCGUCAACGGGACAUCAGAUUUCAAAUCGCUACAGGCCGCUACGACGAAACCAGGGGCACGAUGCUGUCGCAUUUUGCUUAUUACGUCGAUAUGGCGAACAUGUUAACAACACCUUUAGCGGAGGAAGUGUUGCUGGAUGAAUUGCUUCGUCACUUCCCCGAAAGAAUACAGUCGUUGUGGGUAUUAGAGAAAAUCUGUACCACCACGGAUGCCGCCGAAUUCCUGGCAGCUCAAGAAAUUCCAGGGCAAAAUCCGGGAGAGAAAACCAACAUCGCUCCCAGGGAACGACCCCACGCAACAGACCACCAGUUGCGUAACGAGCCAAAGCGCCCGCGGCCAAACAUUGACCGCCACGAAGUAACUCGUCCUGUGGCUCCUGCAAAUCGUGGAAAUGGUUUCCAAAAACGCUCAAGUGACAACCAACAAUGGCGCAACAACCAACCCAGCACCAGCAACAACCGUUGGCACAACAACAACGGAAACAACAGCAACAAUCACUGGCGCAAAAACAACCCCAACGACAACCGCAACAACACAAGAUUCGGGAAACGGGGGCGGAGUACAGAACAGGGCCUAAGGUACUCCGGCCAGCAGCACGGCCCACAAAGCGACAGCAGGAACCAACAAUUGAGGACGGGAGAGAAACGUAAACGUUCAACUUCGUCACAGUCAGCAGAAGGGGAAAACGAUGCUCGACCGCGAGCAUCCCAGGUUAAGUUAAAUGUUUUUUCUAUAAUUAAAUCCGCUGUCGCAGGUAACAACAACGAACAGAGGGUCGUGCCGGAGAUUAAGAUCCAAAUCUCCCAACAACAAUCAGUCACCGCGCUUUUGGACACCGGAAGUGAAGUCAGCUGUAUUUCCGAAGAAGUUUGGUCCAAGUUGAUCGAGACCGGAAACAAACCGCCCACGUUACCGGUUACCUCAAUCCAUCUUCGUGGAGCCAUCGGUCAGCGAAGUUGCCAGGUUGUUAUUCAGUGUUACCUGGAAAUCAAAAUCGACGAACAUCUCUACCCCGUCGUGACGCUUGUCGUCAAAAAUUUAAUCAAGCCAACCAUUUUGGGAGCAGACUGGCUAAAUGAACAACGCGCGGUCAUCGAUUUCGAUAACAACGAAAUCCUUUUGAGAAUCGGGGAGAAGCACCACAGUUUUCCGUUUAGAAAAACCACGGAGAUACCACCGGAACCGGAGGAUUAUGUGGAAGAUCUUGUUGGUCACAUCGAAGUCAAUCAUUCAGCGCCGAUUACGACUUGUAACAAAAAGCAACACUUAGAGUCACCCAGUGCCCUACAAGCCAAGGUGGACCCAUUAAAAAUUCCUGGGGCCGGGAAACGGAAAUUAAUACACCUGCUGCAGGAGUAUAGAUGUAUCUUUAGUUCGCGUCCAGGGCUAACACACAAAUACACUCACGAAAUAAAACUACACGACAAGACUCCCUUCUUGAAACGACCGUACCCAGUACCUUUUGCUCUACGCCCUGCCGUCGACGCCACAAUUCAGGAAAUGUUAGACUUGGGGGUGAUAAAACGUGAGGCGUCACCUUACGCAAGUCCAAUGACGGUAGUGAAAAAGAAAGAUGGAACGGUGAGAAUUUGCCUCGACGCCCGAAUGAUCAAUUCCAAAAUGAUCGCCGAUUGUGAGUCACCACCCGCUGCUGACGAAUUAUUACGUCGAUUUCACGGAAUUCGCUACAUGUCCACCAUUGAGUUGAGAUCGUCGUACUGGCAAAUCCCACUUUCGCCAGAAAGCAGACAGUACACCGCUUUUCUGUACAACGGUCGCAGUUACACAUACCAAGUCCUACCUUUCGGGUUAAAAACUGCUGUGGGUUCAUUCAGUCGUGCAAUGGACGUAGUUUUAGGAACAGAAGUUCGCGAAUUCGUCGUGAAUUAUAUCGACGAUUUGUUAGUGGCUUCCGAAACGCUAAACGAACAUUUGGAACACCUCCGACGAGUUUUCGAAAAAUUGAAGCAAGCUAGAAUGACGAUAAAUCUCGAAAAAUCAAAUUUCAUACAAAAGGAAGUAAAAUUUCUGGGGCACAUUCUCACAAUCAACGGUAUCAAAGCCGACCCGGAAAAAGUCAGCGCCAUCCGGAAUUUUCCGGUUCCCCAGAAAACUAAACACGUUCGAGCCUUCCUGGGACUUUGUAAUUUUUAUCGAAAAUUUUGUGCUCGAUACAGUGCAGCCACACAAGACUUAAACAAACUACUUCGAAAGGGUGAAAAAUGGAGAUGGGGACGAAAUGAACAAGAAGCUUUCGAUCGUGUGAAAGAUCUGUUCCUCGAAGCUGUGUUGUUACAUUACCCCGACCUGAAUAAAAUAUUCUACGUCCAAACUGACAGUUCUGGUUACGGAUUGGGGGCGGAAUUGUAUCAAAUUCAGGAAGACGGUUCGCGAGGUGUGAUCGCUUUUGCAAGUCGCUCGUUGAAAGGACCCGAACUCAACUACACGACUACAGAAAAGGAAUUACUCGGCGUCAUUUUUGCCUUACACAAAUUUCGAAUCUACAUCCAAGCCACAAAAAUCAUCAUCCGAACCGACCACCAAGCUUUGAAAUUUCUGAGCCGUUGUCGUUUGCUCAGUGAACGCCUAACUCGAUGGACUUUGAUACUAGGACAGUACGACUACGAAAUCGAGUUGGUAAAAGGAAAGGAUAAUGUAGUUGCCGACAUCCUGUCACGAUAUCCGUCCGACGGUGAAGCCAGUUAUGAAUAUCCACGUGAACAACCAAUAGUUGCAAUGUUUGAAGUCAACAACACACCUGAAAUUCUCCAACUGAUGUCCGAUCUCAAACGACACCAAUCAGAUGAUCCUGUUUUGAGUCAAAUAAUUGCCAACAAACAAUCCGGUGCAGCUGCUCCAGAUGCGAGAACUCAACGGGUUUGGUCCCAAUAUAAUUUCACAAAUAAUGUGUUAGUUCACAGAUCUAAAAAUUCAAACGACGUUUGCCUGGCCAUACCUGAGAGUUUGGUAAUUAAGCUCGUGGAUUACCAUCACCAACUCCUGGGCCAUUUCGGGGCAACCAAAGUGUACAAUUCCAUGAAGCGCGAGUACUACUGGCCGAACAUGUACCGUACAAUUAAGAAACGUCUACGAAGUUGUGACCUUUGUCAGAAAACGAAAAGUUCCAACCGUCCACAUCAGGGUCCAUUAACGCCAAUCCUUUACGACCACAUUGGAGACCUAGUUUGCGUCGAUUUCUAUGGGCCUUUGCCAACAGGACGAUUGGGGGCGUCCUAUGUAUUUGUGGUCAUUGACGUCUUCAGCAAGUUUCUCAAACUUUACCCACUGAGAAAAGCCACCGCCAAAAUCGCUGCCAAACGUCUCAUAGAGGAUUUCUCUGGGUACAUCAAACCCAAAUGUGUGUUAAGCGACCACGGGACACAAUUUAUUUCGAACACUUGGCAGAAUAGUUUGAGAGCUGCCGACAUUCAACCAACGCUCUCGUCGAUUCGUCACCCAGAAUCGAACCCUAGCGAGCGCGUAAUGCGGGAGCUGGGGAGAAUUUUCCGAUCGUAUUGUAGAGAAAACCACGCCAGUUGGGUCAACCAUUUGAGCAACAUCGAAGAUUGUUUGAACUACGUGCCACACAUCAGUACCGGAUUUUCCCCAUAUGAAAUCCUGUACGGCAGAACACCACCAAACCCACUAGAUGCAGUCACAUUGGGUUUACUGCCUGUACGUCCGCCACUCACGAGAGAAGAAAUUCAUAAAAAGGCUCGCGAAAACUUGAGACAUCACGCGAACUUACGGCAGAAAAACCAAAAGGGUGAAGUUACCGUACUGAAAAUUGAAGAUUGGGUCCUACUGAAGAACAAAGUAACUUCCGAUACCAGAACCCACCAAUUCGCCAAGUUCAUGCCUUUGUACAGUGGUCCGUACAAAAUAAUCGCCAAGCCUCAUCCAAACACAUACCAAAUCGCCGACCCAGUGACGAACGAAAUUAAAGGUGUAUACAACAUGACAAAUCUGAAAUUCUACCACCGACGAGACGACUAAAAUAAAACCGCAAGAAGCUUCAUGAGGGCCAAUCUCGAGGCGUAUCUACCAAUUCGAGCGUUUCUGACAUUAUGUGCGCAUCCACCAUCUGGUGAUUCCACCAUUCCGACCACCAACAAGAGGACAGCAAACCUACACGCGGUGUCUUACGCUGCAUCUACGAAGCAACGCAAGACAGGGGGCGAAUGUGAUGAUCGCGGUAUUUAAAAUUUUAUUUUAUUAACCAGCGCAAAAUAUUCGGAGUCAGUUUAAACGUUUAGUUCUUUGGCAAUAUUAAUUCAACUUCAAUUCAAAAGUUUCAACAAAUUUUAAUUUAACUUAUUUAUUCUUUUGUUAACAUUAAAAUGUUUAGAAAAUUAUCGUUCCCACGAAACUUUCCAAGAACUGUUAAAAACGUUAUAAAUCGCCAAAUUGGGUGGUCGAAAGGCCAUGUUUUUUAACAAGUGGACAUGCAAAGAUAUGGGGGUUGGCGACGGCCUGGCUCUGCACCACAGUCGCCCAGCUAAUCCAAUGAUUUUCUCACAAAAGUAUAAUUAAUUUACUUUUGUUUAAAAUAGCCAAAAUUUAUUGAUAAACCUAAAAUUAAAUCCAAUAUUUUGUUUAGAAAUUAACUAGUCACGUUUCGAUACGUGAUUUUCAAAAAGAAAGGAAUUUAUGAGCCAAUUUAAGACACGUUGAUGAUCAGUAAACAACUCGAGAAAGAAUCAAAAUUUCAUCUUAUUCAAAAUUCCCGUAACGUUUCGUACCAAAAAGUUGAGUCUUUAUGCAGUGUACUUCAGUCAUCGAAUAAAAUUGAAUAAUUCAUUUUAUUCGGCGUAAUUGUUAACAAUUUGUUGCAAAACUUCAAGAACGAAUUGGUCGAUUGAAAUUCAUGUCUGUUAACUAGAUUAGCAUAGCCAAAAACGACGCUGGUCAAGUGCCGCUUGAAUAGGGGGUGUUGACAAAUUCGUUACAGAACAUAGCUUUUAAAAGAAUAUCAAAUUACAAGCACACAUGUGCAUUCCCUAUAAGAAAUUGCAGCGUAAUUAACGAUUUCUUUGUUAAAUCAAAAUCAGAUCACGAAACCAGUAGUUUAGAAAAACACGCGUAAUUUUUCUGAACAUUUUGAUGUAAAGUUUAACCCUAAUAUUUAAGGCGCAGCCGUCGAAAUUCGGAUGUAUAAAUCAUUCUAUUUAAUGAAAUUAUUGUAAGCAAAAAAAUUGCAUGACACGAUUGCUGCCCGUUACUAACAUAAUCCUAAGAGGAAAGUAGACAGGAAAAUCCCUAAGGAAAUUGGAGAAAAACGCGGAAAUGUUAAAAUAGUACCGGUGUAGUACUGGGGGCGACAUCUAACAAGGGGUAGUACGACCAAAAUUACAGUUUCCUCACGGGGUUCUUCCCUAUAUUUUCUGUGUUAUUUAAACAAACAAAAUUUGUUGUUACACAAAAUUCAUUUCAUUAUCUUCCAAAAACAACUUCGGACCUGACAACAACCAAUUUUGGAGUUUAAUUUCUCUUUCAGGAUAUUUGGGGAAAUUCCAUAGCGUUCUUGUAUUGUAUUCAGUUCAGAUCGACGAUUACCAAAUUUAAUGUUUAAUAAUUAUAAUGAAAUUGUUAAUCGGAAAACACCCCAGCUGUUAAUUAAUAAUAAUACUUAGAAAGUUAAACAAGGUUUGAUCAAAUGCCAAGACAUCAUAAGAGUCAAAUUUGCAAAAUUUCGCAUAUGUGGAAACUACUUAACAAUGGUAGUGGGGUAAGCGAGUUAGUGUAGCUUACGCAAGAUUAGCCCUUGACUUUGGGAGGGAUUGGAUUUUUGACGGUCUUUCGAGGUAGUCGAUUGUCGUGUUGUCCUUUAAAACUUUUAUAAAUUUAAAAACAUCUCCGUUUGCCUUUUAGUGCGUCUGAAUUGUACUAAGUGCAUUUAAUUGUAAUUUAAAAUUAAAUUAAUUUAAAUUCUUGAAUUAAGUGAUAGCGUUAGUGAUUAGUGAGUAAGUUAAAAACGAGACAAGUUUAGUGUUCGUUCGAUUAGGUAGUGCUGCGAACUACAACACCUUGGGAAGCAGCUAACAUUCUGCGUUAGGAGGAUUAAAAUUUCUAGGUAAGCCCUCUAAAGGGUUAAUUAGUUUUAUUCAAUUAAUUUUAUAAUAUUAUUUUGAGUUUCUUCAAAGUCAUUUCGUAAUAGUGAUCAGUGUCAUUCAUCUCAUAAAAUUCUAGUGACCACAAAUUAUUUGUUCUCCAAAAUUUAGGCGAUAAACGCGUUAUCAAAAUUUCGUGCUUCACACAUAAAUUAUUCAAAUUUAUGAAAAAUGGUAUUUUACUUAAAACCACCUUGCAACAACUAAUUCUAGUUCCCGUUUGAAUAUCACUCAUUUAAGUUACAAUAUUAGAAGUUAGUCAUCACGUUGUUACAACAAAUUUGAGUGAAACGGCAUCCAACAAAUAUUAAACAACAACCAAAACUAAAAUCAAAACUCACGAUGCUUUUCAAACUGUUGUAUACAAAUAGUUUAAAUUUCAUAUGCCAAAACCUUACGAAGUAGAAUGUUGUUGCUAGUUAAAGAUAGGGUUAGAGUAGAACGAUUUCUCUGUCGUAACGUGUUAGGCGAUAAAGCAAAAGAAGAUUUUUCUUUUGCGUCCAGAUCAGAAAUUACAGGCUCGUGAGUUGGCCAUCUUCAUGGGAAGAGUCGUAGUCUCCGGGGACGCUCUUCCCCAACUUUAACAAGGUCUAAGACGCGGUGGCAGGUCGUAGUUUCCGCCCGUUGUACUUAGAAUGGACGUUGUAAUUCCCGUCCCAACGGCAAGUACUUCCACGUACUUGCAGGCUACUACGGACGAUCGAGCAGACAUAAUCAUCCGUGAUUAUCUGUAAUAAACUGAUAUCGCGACAUGGCAAAGUUCUGCACAAGUCUUUGUCAAAGCUCGUGGACGGAAAACUUUAGAGAGAAAUUACUUCUACAUUUAUUCAGAUUGAUUUGUAAAAGCUUGUGUGUCCGGGUUUUGUUCGGAAUUUGUCCUAGGUGUUGAUCACCUGACUUUUACCGGAGACGGUACUUCGGCACUAGGGCGUAAAAAGCGAUGCACGUAUCAAACAUUCCGCGAGCAUGUUAUAAUCCGACUCUGGUACAAGUAGUUUAGAAACGCGCUGUCAGUUGCCUGGAUCAUAUAAGUUCGAACAAUAUCGUCUGAAACAUAGGUUAAAUUUGCUGAAUAUUACUAAAUUAAAUUAAUUCAGGUAAAUAUCAAAGAGUUAUCAAGAAAAACUUUUCGUAUCGCCCAAAGACUACAAAACUAUUUUAAAUUUAAUACAAAACGAAUUGUGGUACCAAUUCUGAUAUAUUUUGACGACUUUAUGACACAUACACCCAUAAACAAUUGGCCAAAUUUGAUCAAACUUUCAUAACCAUUGAUUAUUGUAAUCCAUACAACGGAAUAUUCCUUCUUCUUGUAAUAAUUGUAAUAUUGUAAUCCCAUCCGUUCUGACACUACUUUGAAUCCGGACUUGUGUUACGGAAAAAAUCUGAACCUUUUCGGAUAGGAAUUAAAAUCAAAAUCUCUAUUAACACUAUAGGGGUGAUAUCGAAUGCCAAAUAGACACAAGGUAGGUACGUGAAAGAAACCUUUUGGAAAUUAAUUAACUAGACGAGCUAAAUAAUUUCGAGAACCAAAAGUAAAAUUUAAGAUUAAUGAAAUAAAUGAGUUGUAAAUAAUUUAAAUAUCAAGCAACCAUCAAUCACGGUCUCACUACAGUACCAACACAAAGCGGCUUUCGUAAAAAUAUAUCCACACUUGACAAGAUUUUAACAUAAGAUUCAGAAAUACGCGAAGUCUUUGCAGAUAACCAACAAAUAUUGGCCAAAUAUUGACCUUAGAAAAUGUAGCACCUCAAGGAUCCAUAUUAAGCACAACAUUAUUUGUUAUAUCAAUCAACGACAUUGUCAAAGACUUACUAACCCCAAUAAAGAAUCUACUAUUCACCGAUGACGUUACACUAUACAUUAAAGAAAAUAAUAUUGCCACCAUGACUACAAUGGUACAAAAAGCUCUAAAAAACAUCGAAAACUGGUGGCAUAAAACUGGUUUUACAUUUUCCAUCCAAAAAAACAAGUGCAUUAUUUUCUCCAAAAAACAACCUCCAGAUACCCAAACUCCAACGCUAUUCAACACAAACUUAGCCUACGUCAAUGAAAUUAAAUACCUCGGAAUGAUAGUAGACAGCAAACUAACAUGAAAAUCACAUAUCAACAUGUUAAAAAAGAGUGUAAGUUUCAGUCAUAUCUUUUUGUAGAAAAUUGUUUAAAAAAAUUGAUUAAUGAAGUUGUGGUUUUACUAUUAUUUGCUCACUUGUAACACUUAGGUUUGUUUGGGUAAAGCCGCUGUUCAAGCUAAAUCACACGAAGAUGCGGCUUUACGUAGCUUACAACUUUUACGAAAAUCUGGGAUUUUAGAUAAGACGGGUUUUGCUGAAGAAAGUUUGGAAAAUUCUUACAUAUGAUAUGAAUUCGUAGAAUUGUAAGGGAUGCUUGGGAGGUCCGAAUGGUUGGUGUGUGUGAGGGCUUUUAGGGCGAGUGUGAAAGAUGGGAAACAUGUGUUAAAGAUGAAUGCCGAAUGUCUGGAUUUUUAGAAAAUAAGUUAGUCUGUAACUGGCUUUUGUAGAGUAAAGUAAAAUUAAAAGGUCCUGUUGAGAA